AUUGUUUAUCCCGCCGCGCCAGGAGUAUAGUAGUUAUUAGGAAAAUGUCGAGAAAAUCGCUCGCAUUUGUCACAGGAAAUCAAAACAAGCUAAAAGAGGUGGUUGCUAUCUUAGGGGACUCAUUUCCAUGGAAAGUGGAGUCAAGAAAUAUUGAUUUGCCUGAAUUUCAAGGUGAGCCGGAUGAGAUAUCUGAGGAGAAAUGCAAAGUCGCUGCCAAAGAGGUUGGAGGCCCAGUGAUAGUUGAAGACACAUGUUUAUGUUUUACAGCUUUGGGAGGUCUCCCAGGACCUUAUGUGAAGUGGUUCUUAAAGAAAUUAGGACCUGAAGGUCUACACAGACUUCUUACAGGAUGGGAGGACAAAUCGGCAUAUGCACUUUGUACCUUUGCAUAUUCAACAGGAAACCUCAAGGACCCUGUUUUACUGUUUAGGGGAAAGACAAUGGGCAAAAUUGUAGAACCCAGAGGUCCAAGGAAUUUUGGAUGGGAUCCAUGUUUUCAACCAGAUGGCUUUAAUGAGACAUAUGCAGAAAUGCCAUCAGAAACCAAAAAUGAAAUUUCACACAGAGGUAAAGCUCUGAAGGCUUUAAAAGAAUACUUUGGAGAAGCAGGUGGAGAACCAGAACAUAAAAAAGCAAGGAACCUUGACAAGGAAACAUGAUUAUGAGUAGUGUCUUAAAAACGACAGAAUCAUAGAUCAUGGAGAAUUUGGUGUACAUUUCAUUAUUAUUUUUAGUGUACAUUUGGUUUAUUAUUAAUUAAAUAAUAAAAAUAAAUUAUCUUCUAAGCCUAUGGGAAAACAGUCUGUCACAAUGUUGUUUACUUCCAACUUCUUCUAACUGUCUAUAUGAGCCUGAAUUUCAUACAGGAAAUGUUGAGCUGGAGGAGCAUAGUUCACCGUGAGCAAGGGUUUCAUUAAGGGCCAGACACCGGGCAAAUUGACCGGUUGUGUGAGGACGGUUUUGCCCACCUGAUUUGAC